CACCACCGUCCUGCACUGCACACACCAGCACCUCUGUUGACAUCAUCACCGUCUCUUCACCGUUGACAUGUCGUUCACCAGAGCUCAGCGCUUCUCCGGCAGGUCUCACUCCACAUCCAGCAGUUACUCAAUGGCUCCUGUUACUUUCUCCAGCUUCGGAAGUCAGUCGGCCGGGGGCCUGCAGGGCGGGGCUGGGUUAGGCUUCGUAUCCAGCGCUGGUUUGGGCCUCGGAUCCAGCGUUGGGUUGGGCUUGGGGUCCGGCGCUGGGUUGGGCUUGGGGUCUGGUUUUGGGGCAGGUUUAGGGUCUGGAUUUGGGGUGGGUGGAGGUUCUCUCUCGGGUGGUUUGAGGACGGUUGGGGGCGCUCUCUCAGCCGCAGGUGGAGGUUUCAGGGCAAGUUUCAAGGCGGGCUCGGGUUCAUUCUCUGAAGCCAUGUCCAACAUUAUCAAUGAGAAACAGCUGCUUCAGGUUCUGAAUGAUCGUCUCGCGACCUACCUGGAGAAGGUCAAGCGCCUGGAGACCACAAACCAUGAGCUCAACGAGAAGCUCCGUGCGUUCACUGCCAAUCGAGUCCAGACCAGCUUCAACCUGGAGCCCUACGAGAUCCAGAUAAAGCCGCUGCGGGAGAAGCUUCUGUUUCUCAUUCAGGAGCACACGCGCAUCUCUUUAGCCGUGGACAACGCCAAACUGACUGCAGAUGAUUUCAGAAUGAAGUUUGAGACAGAGUUGGCCAUGCGUCAGUCUGUGGAGAGUGAUAUCGCAGGUCUGAAGACACUGAAGAAAGAGUAUGAAUCCACCAACAUUAUGUUACAGCAGGAGCUCACGGCCCUGGACAAGGAGUGCACCGCUCUCAAAAAACUUCACCAGGAGGAGAUGAUCUCCCUGCGCGGGCACAUGGCCGGCACCGUGACGGUGGAUAUUAAGGAGAUCGAGAGCACGGAUCUGUCCCGAGUGCUGGCUGAGAUCCGCUCGGAGUACGAGAUGGUCAUCGAGAGGAACCGCAGAGAGCUGGAGAGCUGGUACACCAAACAGUUGCAGAAGAAGCAGAAGGAGAGAACUGAGAUCACAGAGAUAACUAUCAGUGGCAGCUCGGAAAUCACAGAAAACCGCAAACAGAGCCUGAGCCUGCAGACACAGCUGGACUCCAUACUGAUGAAGAAAGCAAAUGUGGAGCAGCGUUUGGUGGAGGUUCAGGCUCAGUAUCAGGCUCAGAUCUUCUCUCUGAGUCAGCUGGCCGGCAGUCUGGAGGGAGAGCUGAUGUCGGUGCGCGAGAACGCAAUGCAGCAGAGCCGCGACUACCAGCUGCUGCUGAGCACCAAAGUGCAGCUGGAGCGCGAGAUCAGCACCUAUAAAGCUCUGCUGGAGGGCGCCGGAGAGUUCAGCGGCAUCACCGUUAUCGCACCCAUGCUCAAGUCGGCCCCUGCAGGUCCCGUCGGUGGAAUCGCCGCCCUCAUCUCUUCUGACGUGCAGUCCAGCGCGAGUGUGACGUCAGAAGUGUCAGUGGACGGGGCAGCAGCAGAUGCAGUGGAUGCAGUGGGCGGGGCUAUAGCAGAUGCAGCAGAUGAGAAAUGAAGUCCUCUGGAGGGUCUUCGAGGGCCAAGUCAUGUCAUUGACGCUCAACCAAUCACAAUCUGAUGUGUGUUUUCUGUCUGCGUCAAUAAACUCAAACCCUCAAACCA